AAGAAGUCUGUCACACACAAGUUGCUGUUGCUCUCAGGUCGUUUCUUACUUCAGGAACUGUCCAGGAAUACAAACUCAUUUGCUCGGGAAAUCAAGAGGAAGUUAAGAGUCGAAGAUCUACACACCGAACGGGACGUCUGCUCUCCAUCUACUGCACAUCUCCUUUAUCUCUGUUGUGGUCUAUUCUGCAUCAGCAGCCAUGGUUCUGGAGGAGAACGAGGGCGACUCAGUCUUUGAGCCCCAAAUCACUGAGGAGCAUGUAGAGACUCCGUAUGGGAAUGUCCACUGCAUCAUGUCAGGAACUGCAAAGGCAAACCGCCCAGUCAUCCUGACAUUUCAUGAUGUUGGACUGAACCACAAGUCCUGUUUUGAAUCUCUGUUCAACCACGAGGACAUGCAGGAAAUCGUCAGACAUUUGCCUAUUUGUCACGUUGAAGCACCAGGACAACACGAGGCAGCCAAAACUCUACCUUCUGCAUACGCCUACCCUUCCAUGGACCAACUCUCUGAAGCUCUGCCCGCUGUCCUCAAACACUUUGGGCUGCGGAGUGUGAUUGGACUGGGAGUUGGAGCAGGUGCCUACAUCCUGGCUAAAUUUGCUCUGAAUCACCCUGACAUGGUGGAUGGAUUGGUUUUGAUCAACAUCAACCCCAGCGCUGAAGGACUAAUGGAUAGUGUUGCAAACAAGCUCACUGAAUGGACUCACACUCUCCCGGACACUGUCAUCGCACACUUGUUUGGAAAGGAUGAGAUUGAGAACAACCAUGACCUCAUAGCUACUUAUCGUCACCACAUCACAACAACGAUGAACCAGUCCAACGUGAGUCAGUUCUUCCGCUCCUAUAACAGCCGCAACGCUCUGGAUGUGGAGAGGCCUAUUCCUGGAGGGAACGUCAAUGUCAGGACCCUCAAGUGCUCCGCUUUGCUGGUUGUAGGAGAUAAUUCUCCAGCUGUGGAGGCCGUGGUCGACUGCAACUCUAAACUCAACCCUACCAAGACCACACUGCUCAAGAUGGCAGACUGUGGAGGACUUCCUCAGGUGGAUCAGCCAGCCAAAGUGAUUGAAGCCUUAAAAUAUUUCAUCCAGGGCAUGGGAUACUUGUCUAGCGCCGGCAUGACCAGACUUCGGUCACGGACGGCCUCCAGCUCCAGCAUCACGUCCAUGGAGGGCUCCCGGAGCCGCUCUCACACCAACGAGUUGCAGCGUGACCGAACACACUCUCGCGGCGCUGAGGACAAGCGUGGGCGCUCACACACUGAUACGUCCAUGGAUAGUAUUUCUCACAGCAGUGUGACCCAGAUCAUCUCAAAGUCCACUGAAGUGACAUGCUAGAGUGCACUCUGCAUUAAAUCCCAAGCACUUUAUAUCCAAUCAUACCUCAUUAUACUUACCCAUAAAAGCCUCCCGCCUUUUUAACUUCAUCUUUCCACCCUUCAGUCUGUCAUGCCCUUUCAUCUGCACUAUCUCUAGCCGAAAGGUCACAGGUCAUAGCUCCAUGUGACUUAUAUAUAUAUUCUUCUGUAUUCUCUCUGACUCUACCUAUUCCAGUAAUUUAACCAACCCUCUCCACAUCUCUUCCUUGUCAACAGCCUCCUCCUGUCUGUAUCCUGCCCUGAAAUGUUUCUACCUCUGUAUCCUUCUUUGUAUGUUUUUUUCCUCCCCCUCCAUGUCCUUGUCUACUUUCCUUUUUUCUUUUCCUUCUCUCCCCUCUGACAGUGAUGUUGUACCAGAGAUUUUGUUGUGGGUUUCCUCAUGCUCAGAUAUGUAUCACCAUAUAUGCUACAUGAAGAAAUCAUGAAAGUUGAAACAUGUACUUUGAGCUAUCACGUGUUUGUAUCAAACCCAGAUGUGUAUUCAUGUAUAGAGAAUGUAUUUGGAUGUGAAUGCUACAUUGUGGGUAUUAUUUAACUUUCAAAUCCCAUUAAAGCUUUUCAAAAUAUUCAAAAUA